AUGGCUGUAAAUAUAUUUAAAGAAACGGCUGAUAAAGGAAAUCCCUCUGCACAAUUGAGAUAUGGUAUAUGUUUAUGGAAAGGUGAAGGUAUUGCUGCAAAUUCUUUGGAAGCUUCUAGAUAUUUAAAAAAUGCAGCUAGUUCAGGAAAUUCUACCGCUAUGUUUAUUAUUGGAAAGGCUUAUUGGAAUGGUGGUAAUGGUAUUAAACAAGAUAGGGAACAAGGGGCGAGAUAUUUACGAGAAGCUGUUAGGCAUGAUCAUCCUAAGGCUUCAGAAAUGUAUUUAGAUUUCCGAGGAUUUGGAAAUCAUGAACUUAUUGAAAAACGAUGUAAAGAAUGCGAUUCUCAAUAUCGAAUAAGCGAAGGAUGGACCAGUGGAGAUGUUCGUAUUGACACAUUUAUCAAAGAUACUAUGUAUGAAACAAGGAAUAGCGGUAGAUGGCUUGAAUGGAUAUCAUUUGAUAGAUUUACUAACAUAGAAUUAUACGAAGAUGGCUUUGAUAAAGUUUAUGUGGCGGUAUGGUUGGAUAGUAGAGAUAAUUAUCUUGAGAAAAAUGGAAUUUUGAAAAAUGAAUCGCAACCUGUAAAAGUUUUCUUGAAACAAUUUAAUUUAUCAGCUGAUUGUUUAAAUGAGAUUAAAAACCAUUGGGAAUUCUCUAACAUAAAAGUUGCUAUUUCAUCAAAGUUUUAUGGAAUGUCUAAACAUCCAGAAACUCAAGAAUUUAUAAUGGUCACACACUAUGGAAAUCAAAAAUCUUUGCGGACUUUACUUGAAAAUGAUAAAAAGUUAUUAUGGAAACAAAAAAUUGAAAUAUUACGUGAUACUUCAUUUAAACUCAGGAACUUACAUGAUUUAGGAUAUAGUCAUAAUAAUUUCCAUUAUGGAAGUAUAAUGCUAGAUGAUGAUUCAAAAAUUUAUAUUACUAAUUUUAAACUAACUCAAUCAAUUAAACAGCAAAUUGCACCAAAUAACAAAGGUAGACCAGAAUUUGGAAAAGGAACUCCCAAAAUUUAUAAGGAUUUUGUUAAUCAAUGUAUAAAUGCUAAUCCAGACCAAAGGCCUACAGCAAAGAAUUUAUAUAAGAAAUUUAAAGUUUGGUAUAAUUGUAUUAUAGGUCUUCCAGAAUAUAAAGAUUGUGGAGAAACGGUAAAAUCAGCAUUUAGUAAAGCAGAUAAUUAUAAUGACGAAGACGUUAAAGUUGAUAAUGAUAAUAUGGAUAUUGACGAAAAGCAAUUGCAUGAAGAAAUGAUUAAUAAUGAAGAAAAUAAUUUAGUGGUUCCAGACGACUUAAAUGGGUACACAUUUAAUAAGAAUAACAGUUUUAACUACAGAAAUUUAUAUAUCCCACCCAUUAGUAAAGUUAUUAUGCAAGGUUUAAAUCAGAAAAUCGAUUUUUCAAAUAUCGAUGCUCAAAUUAUUAUUGGAUCUAAAGUUUUUAAUUUAAAAUUUGAUCGGAUUAAAUUUAUUUAUGAAGUUAUUGAGAAAGCAAUAUCAUUUCUAGACACUAAAGCGUUCAAAUUUACAGAUGAUAGAGCUCAAUUUUUACGAGAUUUAAUUCAGAAGGACAAUACUUUAACUGAGGAAGAAAAGUUAUUAGCUAUUGAAAUUACUGAUCCGCCAUAUUUUUUUAUAAUUUUUACUAUUAGGAAAGCCAUAUCGCUUUUGGAUCCUAAAAUUUAUACUACUAAUAGUGAUAGACUUCGAUUUUUACAAGAUAUUAUUCAAGAUGAUGAUAUUUUAGCAGAUAGUGAAAAGGCUACAGCUAUCAAAUUGACUAAUUCAAAAUUAGAUCGAAUUAAUAAAAUUUUUAAAGAAAUGAAAACACCUUUAGAUCCAGAAAUACACAAAAUUAUGAAUGAGAUAACUCAACUCGUACACGAUACAAUUCAAAGGGACGAUACACAUCAUGAAUAUGCAAAUAGAGAAUUUAAAUGGGAAACUUUUAAGAGCAAAAGUUGUCAAAGUACUGAUAAUAAUGAUACAACGAAUAGAGAAAGAGUGAAGAUACCCCGUAUCAAUUUGAAUCCGCAAUAUUAUCAUAAUAAACCAGAAAUGAAUCCGCUAUUUCCAGCCAACUACAUGAUAUCUCAGAACGAUAAUGGAGUAUCAGGUGCAUCGAAUAUAAUGACAAAUGAGGCUGCAUCAGAAAUCUGUGUUAUAGGAACGGUUACAACAUUAAAAGGAGCAUGUAGUUCAGCUCAAAAUUUCGAAGCAUUUAUUCCCUUAAUCUCAACAUUUCUUAAACUAGGAGAAAAGAUUAUAAAUUUAUAUGACAAAGCCAAACAUAAUAAAGAGUUAUGUGGGCUCCUACUACAGAGAAGUAAUGGUGCAAUGGUUGCAGUAAGGGAUCUAGAUAUGAGGAAAACGGAAAAUGCGGAAUUUUUUUCUAAACAAGAAAAUUUAGAGAUGUUUAAAAAAUUCAUUAGAUGUAUGGAAAAGAUCAAGAAAUUUAUUUCACGUGUUAGCAAAUUACACAGACUUAUUAAAUAUUUUUGGGCCUGCAACAUCGAACAGGAUUUUACUGAUCUCGUAGCAGAAUUUGAUGGGUAUAUGAGAAAUUUAAAUUUUUCCUUCAUUGUACAAUCUAGAGACGAGUUGGGAAUAAUAAAGAAUCAUGUAAGGCAGAUCAAGGAGAUAUUAAACAACGUUUAUGGUGUUAAUGAUCGUAACUAUAUAGAAUAUUUGAGGAAUAUGCAUUCGAUAACCGAGAAAAUCAUUGAAUUUCAAAAACAAUACAAAUAUAACAUGAACAUGAAUUCAUCUGAAGUUAUAACUAGAGUGGAAAGAAAUGAACCAUUACUUGACCAUAAAAAUUAUCAGAAAAUCAAUCAUACGCGUUCAAAAAGAAUUGAAAAACGCAUAUCAGUAGCUGAUUGUACCGAGGUUUCAUUUAAAGAAUUUUCAAAUGCCAAUGCUGCUGUUCCUUCAAAAACCAAUAAUGAGCAAGCUCAUAGUCACUAUCCAGCCCAAGCUCCGAUUCUAAUUGAAAUCAGAAAGGAGUCAGCAAAUAUCUUAGUAAAUAUUUAUCACAAAGUCAGGAUAGCAAAUUUUGGUUUAAGCAAAAGGCUCUCGGAUAUUACUCGAAGUAUUUCACAUAAUCUAGAAAAUAUAAGAUAUAUGGCUCCGGAGAAAUUAUUCUUAGACAAUGAAGUAAAUAAUAGUGAUAAUAUAAAGAAAAGUAUUUCUUACGAUGCUAAGUGCGAAGUCUAUAGCGUUGGGGCAUUAUUGUGGGAAAUUGCAGAAUUAAAAAAACCUCAUUCUGAUCUUGAUAAAUCGGAAAUACUUAAUAGUGUUAGAAAACGUAUACGAGAAAAAUAUUAUGAACCAUUUUCAAAUGAUGUUCCCUCUGAAUGGAGGGAUAUAGUAUCUAAUGGUGA